AUGAACUUUACUUGGCAAUCAGAGGACCUGGAAACCCAAUAUCUGAGAUUGGAUGAUAACAGGCUAAGUUUUCGAGCCGCAGACUUGAGGCUGAGUGUAAUGUAUCAGAUCACCGCUAAUAAGACUGUCGAUGAUACGGCAUCCAUCUUCGCACCUGAUCCUAGGCUCUUCCGACCAGACGCAGAUCUGCUCCUUAUCUUUCUCUCGGGAAACGGCGUGACUUUCUACGAGCCAACAAACGACCCUUGGUAUCGAGGUUUCGUUCCAUGGGGAGAGGUUCAUGGUGUAUCCGGAGCUAGAGAAUGGACCAAGAACGUCUAUCGACCAGACGAAGCCGCUUCACCACUGGGCUGCAUCCAGCAGCAACAAUACUGUAAUGCAGAACACAAGUGCGGAGAACUUGCAAGUUUCUACGACUCCAUGACAACAGCCGCGCCUUUCUUUGAUACUCCCCUAGAGGUGAUUAAGUGGCCCACGAACGUCUCCUCUCAGACAUCAUCUCAGUUCUCCUGGUUCGAAGAUAUCAUUGCCUCUACGUACGAGCUUCGGGCCCUACUCACUGGUCUAGGCACUGCGUCUCUCGCAUCUCGUCGGGACUUCCAACUGGGAUUUAUGGCGCAGAUUCCCACCAACCAGUGGAAACUUGACGUUACUCACUGGUGGGCGACUGAGCUGGCAGGAGUGCAAGCGGCUUUUGUGAAUGCAGCUCAUGGCCCUAUUGACCCAUCGUUAUUUCAGAACACGGGGCGGCCCAGUAACAAAUACAUGGAAUCCUUGUGCCACAAUCAGAAAAUCCUAAGUACCGACUACACCUCUUUUAGUCUGUUUGGGCUGUACUUCACCUUCGCGCUUGGUGUUCUCAUCAUUCUUGUGUCCUACCUGCUCGAGCCUAUCUUCGAAUACCUCGUGCGCAGACGCAAAUAUGAGGAGUACAAAUAUCUUGAGUGGACCGGCAAUGAAACGCUUCAGCUACAGCGCAUGGCUUACCAGGGCCUGGGCUCGAAAGCAUGGUCGGGUUAUACAGACUCCGUACCCAAGACACGGCCAGGGUACUUUCUAGCGGACCUACACGUUGAAUAUGCAGUUGACCGAAGUAAGGAGGUCGGGUCAGCUAUAAAGAAAGAUGCACAAACCUCCAAUACCUGGGUGCCUCAGUCUCGGGCCAAUCCGAACGCAGACCGACAGGGAUCAGAGAGUGGGACCGAUGGCACAGAGUCUAGUACUGAUGUACAGAUCUCGCCAGCCUCAUACGAGCUAGUACUGCCGGCCGCCGUGUCUCCCUCAGGUGUUUCUUCGUUGGAAAUCCCACCAGGGUUGAUGUCCAGCGAGCUUAACGCGGGCGAGCCGAUCUCACCAAUCAGUCAGAUGUCGCAGCCAGAGUCAUUUAACCUGGCAGUGCCCUUAGCCUCCCAGUGA